AGUUGACUUGAAAAGAUCAAGUAUACAACCUCUAGUGGACGAGCAAAGAUAGACUCCCCACGUACAUACAAACUCCUAGUGGACGAGGUAUAUACUCCCCACGUACACACUGAAGAGCACAACAAAAUAGAAACACGAAGAGCGCUUGUUGUGAGUUGCAAGUUUACAGCGCGUACACAAGUAGUAGCAGAAACUCACCGAUUUGUAGCAAUAAGAUUUCUACAUCUAAAAGUAGACUUCUGAAAGUCGAUACAGUCGAAACUUCUUUUGAUAAUCCGCUUGAAUUUGUUUACGAUAGAAAACCGAAGAAAACUCAAAGUUGUAAUUGAUACACAGAAGAGUAAAACAAUACUGCGAAUUCCGUCCAGAAACCGCUUUGCUUUUGACGGCUUUUACAUUUUUGAUUUCAUUUAUUAAAAAACGCUUAUCUCAAAGUCUAUCAAUUUGGAUUUUUCGCAUUCCAUCAAACAAACUUUAUUUGUACCCAGUACCAGAUAACCGUAUCUAACCCUAGCACAUCGAUCUUACAAAAAUUAUACCCAAAAGUUGGUACAAAAUGACGACCACCCCGCUACUGCCCGAACCCGGGAGCAGUCCAGCGACGUCCUCCAAAACGCCGCUUGCCAACGGGGACGAGCCACCUAGCAGUAAAAGGGACAGUUCCAAAAUCAGCCACGACGCAGAUGGAGCAUCCUCUUCUUCCGCCCACGAAAAUAAUGAUCACACCCGUGACUCCAAGGAAUCCACGCACAGCAGACGCAAGAAUUCGAAGGAAAAGGAAAACUCCAAAGAACCACACGGAAAUAAUGCACCUGCCGGUCCGUCGAAAUACCGCAACAAGCGGGACAAAGGACAACAUCAGCACCAGAGCAACAAAACCGACAAAACGAACAACCACCCCUGGUGGCGGAAGCGGAAACGGAAGGAGUUGACCGAGGGGAUCGUGAAACUGAAAUACGACACGGAGGACAAGCAGUACGUGUUUAUCACGAAUGAAGAAGUAUCCGCCGAGUACGCGGACAGCCCCGACAUCUUCGCGCUAAAACGCGACUUCAAGGACGGGGAAUGGCCGCUGGUCAACCGCGGGGACAAGGUGAAAUUCUACCUGAAACAGUCCGACGACGGCACGAAGCCGAUCGCGAAACGGGUCCGGUACGGCGCGGACGCCGGCGCUCGGGCGGAGCGGAAGGAGCAGGUUGGAAGCAAGAAGGAGAUUUUCCCGAAUUACUACACCGUUGAGAAAGUCCGGGCCGGGUUGAUGGACGGAAGUUUGCGGGAGGGGAUUUUGCGGGUGAAUCCGAAAAAACCGUCAACCGCGUACGUGGAUUUGGGAUCAGCCAAGGACACGGCGAACAACGAACGGGAUUUGCUAAUCCAGGGCCACUCAAACCGAAAUCGCGCGGUCCACGGUGACCGCGUGGUGGUCCGGAUUUUGCCGGAAAGGGAGGAGGACGCGCGUAACGCAGAGCUGAAGGCGAAAAAGAAGAUCGAGGACAGGUCGGAAACUAUGAUGUUGAAAAACAUGGCGAAAAAAGCAAUCGACCUGCAGGACGAAGCACUAGGUGGUGACGCCAGUCCGAAUAGACCGGCGACCGAUCUGCAGGAUGCGUUGGACGCCGCGCUGGCCGAUUCCUUUGAUAAUUUGAAUGUUUCUACGGGCGGUGACAAAAAAGCGGAGGAAAAAUCCUCUGCUUCGAAACGAACCAACGGUGUUGAUGCAGCGGAUCUAGGAUCCGACGAGGAUGAGAUUGAGUCCGACGCAGAAGCCGAUGUGUUGGACGAAUUAGCGGAGGAAGAGGAGGAGGAUUGGAACGACGAGGAAGAAGACCGAAAAAGCAAUUUCAACACGGCACAGGUCGUCUUCAUUGCCGACUACUCCGGCCGAAAUCGAAGCUUCGUUUGCACCCUGUGCCCGAACAAUAGUGAAGGCACGGCGGGGAAGACGUCGAUGGUGAAGGAGAACGAGAAGUUUGUGAAGGCUUGUCCGGUGGAUAAAAAGUUCCCGUGGAUUUUGAUCUACUUGAGGGACGAAGUGAAGAAGAAGCUGAAAGUCCCGGGAAAACUGGACAAAUUCAUGUACUGGUCCGUGAAAAUCGACAAGUGGGACAGCACGAGCAUAUUGCCGCUCGGGAAUUUGGCCGAGAAACCAAUCGGCAAAGCGGGGGACGCCGAGGCGGAGGUGAUGAAGGCAUUGGAGGAAACGGAAUUGGCGGAACACAACAAGGACUUUGACGACGACAUUUUGGACGAGGUACUUACUUUUUUGAUGCACAAAUCUCAACUCUUCGUCAUAGUCUAGAAGAAUUGAGUUUAUUCCUGUAGGUCUUGCUGUAGCUUACACCGCAAGAAUUUUUGUGGGCAGUUGUAGAACCUCAAACUGCUGAAGUCGUGUAGGAGUAGCAGUUCCCUUUUGAUUAUAUUUCGCACUAAAAAUCCGUAGUUCGAAUUCCUGCCACGACCUACUGUUUGCUUAUAAAAAUCCUCUUAUCCCAGGUCGAAGAGAUCGUCCAACGCACCACGGAAACCUUCGAAGAAAUCGCGGAGAAGCGGAUAGACCUCCGGAAAGAACUGAAAAACGGGGUCCGGAUCAUGACGAUCGACCCGAAAACCGCCCGUGAUCUCGACGACGCCAUCCACGUGAAGAAGAUUAACAACGAAAUAACCGAAUUCGGGGUGCACAUCGCCGACGUCGCGCACUUCGUGAAGCCGGGGUCACACGUGGACAAAAUGGCGAAAUUCAGAUGCACCUCCGUCUACAUGCCGGACCGCGUUCUGCCGAUGUUGCCCCAUGCCCUCUGCAACCACCUGUGCUCGCUCAAUCCGAACGAGAACAAGUGCGCCUUCUCCGUGUUCUUCCGCAUCGACAACAACGGCGAGUUGAUGGUGGACGAGAAAAACGAGUAUCAAUUGCAAAAAUGUCUGGGUCUGGAAGAUUGCAACUUGUCAUGCUGUCUCUGGAUUCCAAAAAAAUCUGUAUUGCGUGACCAACAACAGGAGUCCAGUUUGUGUUACGAAGGGAGGGCAUUUCUCAUGCGGAAUAGGCAUCAGGAAGCCUUCUAUCUAAAAAUCUGUGAUGCUAGAUCAUGCAUCACGUGCACUAUGGCUCAUAAAAAAUAUACAUCACAAAUCCCGGAAUCUUCCAGACCCAGACAUUUUUACAGUUGAUAACGAGCCCUGGAUCGCGAAAACGGUGAUCAACACCUGUUGUCGCUUCAACUACGACCAGGUCCUAUCAAAUGUAAAAAUGUCUGGGUCUGGAAACCUGUAAUGCUAAAAAUGAAUGAUAUACGCACUGCAGUACACAGCUAUGCAUGACAAAUUUUUUGGCUGCCAUGUCUUACGUAUUCCGCAUGGCAAACUGCGUUUUUGCAUGACAGAUGAGAGGGCUUUUUCGUGCCUAUGCAACACAGAUUCUCGAGUCAUGCCAGACAAGCAUGACAAACUUGCAUUCUUCCAGACCCAGACAUUUUUGCAUUUGAUAGGUCCAGGAAAUCUACGACUUCGGCGGCGCGCAGGCGUUGACCGGCGACGCGCGGCCGGAGGUCUACCACGGCGCGAGCUGGGAGGAGUGCGUGAAGGAUCUGUUUCUGAUCUACAAGGUCUGCACCAAGAUCCGCAACGCGAGGUUCGGAAACGGGGCGCUGUCGAUGCACAAAUCGAAGCUGAUUUUCAAAACGACCGACGCCUCCGCCGGCAUGCCGACGGGGUACGCGAAGGAGGUGCAUUCCCCCUCGCACUGGGUCAUCGAGGAGUUGAUGCUGCUCGCGAACAAAUCGGUCGCCCGCGUGCAGCAGAAGCACGACGUGUUUGACAGCUUAGCCGUUCUGCGGAACCACCCGCCGCCGGACGAGAAAAAGGCGAAACGGGUUUUGGAAACCAUGCAGCUCUGCGGAAUUGAGUACAGCAACUCCACGGCGGGAGACCUACACAAGUGCCUCACCAAGAUCCACAAGAUCUACGGAGAGGAAGUCGCGGCAACAGCCAGCAUGCUCACCAUGAAGUGCGGGAUGCGGCCAGCGUCUUAUUUCAUCGGGGAGGACGAGCCCCCGCACCACUUCGCCCUGAACUUUGACCAGUAUACGCACUUUACAAGUCCGAUCCGAAGGUACGCAGACGUGAUGGUGCACCGGGUUCUGAACGCCAUCUUGGAGAAGAAAACGAAGGAGCAAUUCAUGAUCGAAGAUUUGGACGACGCGGACCGCGAGGCGGUGCCCGAGAAGGAUGACAAUCUGCUCGGGAAAUUAGGCGGGGGAAGGGGCGGAAAUAAGCACGCGGAAUUGAACACCGACGGACUGAGCGACGAUGACUUGAACGACCAAGCUGGCAGCUUGCGGGGAACGCACAGGUAGGGUGAUUUUUGUAAGUAGAAGUACAAACAAAGUGAAAUUUUUUUGAAGCAGUUUUGUGUGUAGGAGGAUGCGGGGGAUGCGAAGGUUCGGGUAGGUGGAAAAAUACUUUCACACUCAAAAUGCGUACUACACAAGUCAAUUUUCUAGUUGUCUUAAUGCCGAAGCCUAAUGGUUGUACAUGACAAGCAUAAAACUCCAGGCGUGGUGGCGGUCCCAAGCAGAACUACCAGAAAAACCUGAAGAACAUGAUGGACGACUACAAUUCCUCUGGCUUCGUUCAACAAGACACUCUUCGCCCGAAAAAGGAAGACUACCCAGAGGCAAAAACCGCCACCGCGGCAGCUGCUUCUGGUGAUGCUAAACCCACAGACGGUAGCACAACUGGGCCGGAGUUGAAUGAGGACGGCACAUUGAAGGUGGAUGAUGACGACAACAACGAGGAAUCCGACAAGAAGUGCCAGGCGAACAUCGCGAUGGGCAACCAGUGCAAGUCGUGCAACAAAAAGAAAAAGGCGUCGAAGGACUGCCAGGAGGAACUGGACCGCGCGUGGUUCUGCAUGCUGCUCCGGGACCAGAAGAACUGGUGGUACCGGGUAUCCUAAGUGAAAACGUCCCCACACCAGAGUCAAAUUGGGAAAUCUGCUAGACAAAUCCACCAGCUUUGGUUGUUUCGCAUGACAGGCUUGCCCUCGUAGUGUAAUCCUGUUUAGCUUAUUCAGCAGCAUCACAGAUCUGGCAUAUCUUGCUGAUUCUAGCAUCACAAAGCCCAAAACACGACUAGAAAAUGCGUCUCAUGGGUCUCGGCAUGAGAAACAUUCUCAGCAUGCAGAUUUGCAUUACAGCUCUGGGGUGGGGACGUUUUUACAAAUGAUACCGGGCCGCGACGGUAACCGAGAUCCAGCCGGACGGCAUCACUGUGUUCGCGCACGAGAUUGGGAAGGAGAAGAAAAUUUUUGUGACUGACAUCCGGACGCACCACGACAUCCCGAACCUGUUCGUAAAGGAGGUGAACGACGAGGUGAUGCUUCCGGAGGAAUUUGAGUACUGGAGCAAGUCCCACAUGAAGGUCACCUGGAGCAACAAAAAAGUGGAAGACACGCAGUUCCUUUACGGAGACGAAAGACCAGACUUGGAGGAAACCGAGGGGCAAGUGCUUGGAAGUACUAUACGUUUUUACUUUAGCUGUCUUGUUUCGUGAUUGAUAGAAGCCGCGUCGCUAUAAAAAGUUUACUAUCUUGAGGUCCUACAUGAUUUCGUACACAUGCAGAAAAAUUCUCAAUCGCCAUUGCUAUCCGAAUAACUACCACAGGCGACGUCGCUCCCCCGCCGGGAAUGGACGUGAUAGACAUUGAACAGAUGACGGUGGAGCAGGACAUCCAUCUCCUCUCCGUGGUCCCCAUUGUACUGAUCCCGACCAACACCGUCCCAAUAGACUUUGUGAUGCUGCUCGUUUCCCCCUACCAUGCGCAGUGGCGAAAAGUGGAAAUUACGGACAAGGAGAGGCGGGGGUUCAACAACGCACCGGUGGAGUCGUUCGAUGAAGACGGCGACUCGGAUGACGACGACAACGAGGACUACGGAACGCAAAGACGACCGCCGAAGAACGCGAAGGGAAAAGGAAAAAAAGGCGGAAAGAAGGGCGGUGGCAAAGCGAGAGGGCGGGCGAGCUGA